AUGUCUCGCUUUGCUGUUCUGGUACUGUGCAUUCAGGCUUGCCUGAUUCAGAAUGCACUUAGCAACCAACAAUGCGGUUGCGAUCAAAUCUACGAAUCCUCCGAUAUCAAUGCCAUAGAAAAAUACAGCUCAGUCGCACCCAGUCUUAGCUUAAACGCGCCUUCGUUUAACCUUGGCGCGCCUUCAUUUAACCUUGGCGCGCCUUCGCUUAAUCUUGGCGCGACUUCGUUUAACCUAGGCGCGCCUGGCGUCGGUCUGAGCGCGCCCGGCUACGGUUACGGCGGGUCGGGCACCGGCGCGGUCGGCGUGACCGGCGAGAUCGGCGCGAGCGGCCAGACCGUCGUCGUCGGAUCCGUGCCCGUGCUCGGCACGGUCGAGUUCAAGGGCGUCGUGCCGGCCUCCGGAUCUGUUUCUAUUUCCGGACAAUGUGGAUGCGGAUGCCAGUGAUAUUUUUAAAUAAAUAAGAUUUUACGUACA